AUGGAGGUCAUAAAAAGUAAGAAUCAAGGAGGUUUGGGAGUUAGGGACAUAGGUGUGGUAAAUGAAUGCUUGUUGCUAAAGUGGUGGUGGAGGUAUGCCAGUGAUGGUAAAGCUCUGUGGAAAUCACUGAUCUGCUCUUGGUAUGGCAAAAUUGGUGGGGGAUGGACACCUUCAUUGAAUCAGUCAAUAGGGGCCUCAGUGGUUUGGAAGGAUAUCUCACAGCUUUCUGUGGUUAAUCAGCAAAUGGUUGAAUUUUUUGGUGAACAGGUUAAAAUUAUAGUUGGCAAUGGGAGGAGAAUAAAGUUCUGGUAUGAUCCUUGGUUAGGUAGCAGAGGCUUAAAGGCUGAAUUUCCUAGAUUGCUCAGUUUAUCCACAGAGAAUAAGGAUUCUUUGCAGCAGCUCAGUGCAAAGUUGUGUGCCUCAGGAGGGUGGCAGCUUCAUUUCUGA